AUGCGGUACGAGUGUAGUGCCCGUACAGACCCCGUUACAAUGUUGAAUGGAUGCGCACUGGUGAAUGGACUGUGGCUUGGUGAUGUUCCGCCUGUUUUACGUGAAUUGACAUUUGUUGAACAGAUGUUGAUUGCCAAAGUUUGGCACAAUUUGUUCAUUGUCAAAGUUACAAAAGGUCAAUGGAAAAUGAUCGCGAAUGCGAUUGCCUUUUCCCAAUCUGUGAAGAAGAUGUACAAUGUGUUACCUCUGCCAAGGUGCGAUCUAGAUGAAGUGCUUGCGAUUCUAUUCACUAAUCCCUGUCGACCCAGUGAGGAAGAUUUUAAGUGCACUCCAUUGCUAGUUUGCCACCAUGCUCUUAUGCUUAACCACUGUGACUAUGCUGAUGUGUCAAUCGCUGAGGAGAACCUUUCCCAGUAUCUGAAAAAUGAACCACCUGCUAUGUCUGUGCAUGAGGUUGAUGAAGAAUGGGGCACGAAUGAUGGUCCAUGUCCGUUUGUCAUGCAUGGGUUGUCCACCUGGACCUCACGUCGACGAGCUGUGGCGAUACGACAUGCCCACUGA